AACUUGUUGUUGAGGUUAAACCAGAGCAGAUAAAUACAACAAUGAAACGAUUGUUUGUUAAAGGAACAUGCAACUAUACACUACACACAAUCUACCAUAGCACCUUAUCAUGGUCAAUGUAUCAAACAGCGGUCUAUCUAUCUAUCAGUAGGCUAUUGAACUAUUCAGUGCUUUUCAUGUUACGUUUCCAGGCUUCUUCACAGGGAAAUAACUUUAUAGUGAAGGAGAAACCUACAAAACGGUAUUAAACAAGCCAAUAGGCUCUGUGCACGUAACUAAAGAGUUCUACUUCUGCCACGUUGAGUGUACGGUCAACCACUUCUGGUUUCAAGAUAUGAAAUAAGGAAAAUAUGAAUCGGCGCUUUUUACACACAAAGUCUGCAAGAUCUACCAAAGUUAACAAUCACAGAUGAACACCGGCUAGUACAAGCUGCAUCUCAGCCCCGAGGAGCAAAAGGGAAAAGGAUUAUAAGAUGUAUAUAUUAAGUUACAUCGACAACUACUGUAUGAAGGCUAUUUGAUCCAGCAUACUAUGCAUAACAUGAAUGAUGUCCAAACCCUCACAGUUUCAAACAAAGAUUCAUAAGGGAGGGUGAGCGUCAGGGCUGCUACAGAAAGGGCGAGAACCUUCGAGUGGGAAGUAAAAAAUAAGAAGUGUUCAUCAUUUCAAAGCCUUAAUCAGGUUUAUGUUCUAUAGUUUUGAAGGGAGAUAACAUUGACCUGUAACGUAGGAUUCAAUUAAGCCUAUCUGGCUGGUGUUUUGCAACAGGUUGCAUGUAUUGUAACAUUUGCAAAUCAAAUGUUAACAUUAGCAGCUACUUGUGUGUAGUAUGACAUGACUAGGUUAUUUCUUUUAUUUUCCCGUUUUGCAACCCUGUGAUGUAAAAUGACGAAUAAAUUACUGUUACGUUCCCAUGAAACGUAUAUUUUUGUGUUAUUCUUGUUUAUUGGUUUUGUAGUUGUUUUGUGCAUAGAGUUGUACUUUUUGUUACUUGCCUGUCCUUUUCUUCAGUGACUCCCAUUAGGAGGGAGAAAAGUAAGAGCAAGAGAGAAUGCGUUCUCCUACGGCCUGAUUGCGCACACCACCUGAUUGCUCACAUCACCUGCAGCUCAUCACAACACUACAAGCUGCCUAUAAAAGACUGUGUUCGAGUCCAGAGGAGAGAGUGAGCUUGUUGGAGACCUGUGUUGCUGCUUAUUGUUAAACUGUUGGCUUUGAAUAUAAUUUUGGGUGUUAAGCAACUAAAGUUGUAAGAGUUGCAGAAAGGCUAGUUGAAGCCUAAAUUGAAACCUUAUUUUGUUGGUGAACUUUCUCUUUGUGUUCCUGGAAGCCUGUAGGGAGGUGGGUGCCCACUUUUUACUUUUUGUAUCAUAUUUUCUCCUGUUUUUCAAUAGGUAGGGAGGAAGGGUAUUUUUGAUGUCUUUUAUUUUGACCUUUUUGUCUGGCAGUUUAAGUAGAUUUAAUACCCCUAGGUAGAGGGCUUUAUGUUUGUUAUUUUGGGCACAUACCACUCCUGAUGCUUUUUGUUUUGCUUCCGCUGUUUCUGUUACCCCUUUUUGACUUGAAAAGAGCAGAGUUUAAACUCUAAAUAAAAUGCUCAUUUUCUUUUCCAACUGGUUGUUCGUCUUAAUUAUUUUAUUUUAACUCUUUAGUUUACUCAUUCAACUGUUACAUUAAACAUCCCUUAGACUUAAAGCCUAACGUUAAGGAAGAACGUAACAGUUUUGGGGGCUCGUCUUAAAGUUAAAAUCUUAUCCUAACAGUUUUUUUGGGCUUAUCCUAACAGUUUUGUGAGUUACAUUUGUGAAUCUGUAAAGUUUUUUUGAAAGGGGGAAAUUCAUUGUUUUUCACAUUGUGUAUCUGUGUGUAUUCCAAAGAAAAUUAGCUUUGGCUAUUUUCCUUUUUUGUUAAGGGAGGAGAGAAUAUACCUUUAAAUGGAAUUUGAUUUGGUUCAGUUUACCCUAGCUCCUACGGCUGAAGUUUUUAAUCAAUGCCGUAAGAAAGAUUUAUUGUUGUUAGCUGAUUUCUUUGAUAUAUCAGUUGUUAAAACCUCUGCAAAGCAAGCUAUUAAAGAGGAGCUGUAUGGUAAACUGGUUGAAAUGGGUAUAUUGCCAGCUGAGUCCCAGGGAGAGGAUGAUGCGGACGGCGAAACUAGUUCAUUAGGCUGUCCCCCUGUUAUGGAUCCUACGUUAGCUGUAAAGUUAAAGGAACUUGAGCUAGCCAUUAAACGGCAAGAACAUGAAUCCCAGAUUGUUGAUCUCCGCAAAACGGAAGUAGAUCUCAAAUUGCGAACUCUAGAACUGGAGGCAGAGUCUUUACGACGACUACCUGUUCCUGCCCCAAAUCUUCCCUCACCUGUGUUUCCUAGUACUCCGGUAGAUGAUAGCACUACUAAUUUUGGAGCUCCUGUUGGAAAUCAGGUUAACUUUGAUGCCGCUAGGUAUAUUAAAUUGGUACCUCAAUUCAGAGAAACUGAGGUGGACACCUAUUUUGUGGCCUUUGAGCGCAUUGCCACAAAGCUAGGAUGGCCAAAGGAUAUGUGGGGCUUAUUACUCCAGUGUAACUUUGUUGGAAAGGCUCAAGAGGUAUGCUCCGCGUUAUCUAUUGAACAGUCGUUGGACUAUGAGGUAUUAAAAGCUGCCGUGUUGCGUGCUUAUGAACUUGUACCUGAGGCAUAUCGACAGCGUUUUCGUGGGACUGUUAAAGCAGCAAGGCAGACUUUUGUAGAGUUUGCACGGGAGAAGAAACAGCUGUUUGAUAAGUGGGUUCUAGCUAGUAAGGUUACUGACUUUGUGCAGCUACAGGAACUUAUCCUGCUUGAGGAAUUUAAAAAUUGUAUCCCAGAAAGCAUUGUGAUGCAUAUAAAUGAGCAGAAGAUAUGUUCUCUUUCAGAUGCUGCAGUGGUAGCUGAUGAAUUUGCUCUUACACAUAGAACCUUAUUUUCUACUUCACGUCAGAUGAAACGCAGAAAUUUCAAUGAUCAGUCUGAGAAACCUGUAUCUUCCAGCAGAGGUGAAAAAGAUCAGCCUAAACAUUCUGAGAGCAGAAGAGUAUGUUUUUACUGUUUAGAUCCAGGUCACCUGAUAACAAACUGUAAGGCAUGGAAACAGAAAUCUGCACUAGAAAAAUCUAAGAGCGUAGCUUUUGCAGUUACAACUAAAUCUGCAUCUCAAAGCGUAUUUCCACAACUUGAAAGUUCUAGUUUUCAACCCUUCCUACUAACUGGUUCUGUGUCUCUUUCAGGCGACUCACCUGACUUCCCUAUAUCUAUUUUGAGAGACACAGGUGCGGCGCAGUCCUUCAUUCUGGCUGAUGCCUUGCCUUUCUCUUCAAAGUCAUACUCUGGUGUGGAUGUGUUGGUCCGCGGUAUUGAGUUGGGCUGUAUAAAAGUCCCUUUGCAUAAUGUGUACCUGAAGUCUAAUCUGAUCACCGGUCCAGUUCAGCUAGCAGUGAGGAAGGAACUACCUGUUGAAGGCAUUAAGGUAAUACUCGGCAAUGACUUGGCGGGAGGUAAAGUCUUUUCUUGCCCUAUUGUUAUGGAUGUACCCGACACCUUAAAACAUGCAGAUGUGGCUACGUGUUUUCCUACUGUCUUCCCUGGCUGUGCUGUUACCCGAGCUCAGGCUCGAAAAUUUAAUGAUGUUGUGAAUCUUGCAGAUUCCUUUUUGAAUCAUGAUUCGGACGCUACGGAGUGUUCCCUGACUAUUGAACCUGUGCCAUGUUCUUCGGAAAGUGAUGAAACUAGGUUAGAAGAGGCAUUUUCAUUGACUGGUAAAUUGGGCCUCAUUGCAGCUCAGAAAGCUGAUUCAUCCUUAAGGGCAUGUUGUGAUGCUGCUGUUACUAGUGUGGAGCAGACUGCUAACGAACAGGUAGCUUAUUAUUGGAAAGAUGGCGUUCUUAUGCGAAGCUGGAGACCUCCAGGAGGUGAGAAAGUUUUAACAGUUCAUCAACUUGUACUACCCUCUGCUUAUCGUCCCCAGGUCUUAAAGCUGGCACACGAGCAUCCAUUCUCUGCCCACCUAGGUAUCACUAAAACAUACAGGCGCAUCUUAAAGCAUUUCUACUGGCCUGGCCUAAGAGGCAGUGUAGUGAAAUACUGUCGUGCUUGUCAUGAUUGCCAACUGUCAGGUAAACCAAACCAGACCAUUCCUCCUGCUCCACUACAUCCAAUACCAAUAAUGGGUGAGCCUUUUGAACGCAUAAUUUUGGACUGCGUUGGUCCAUUGCCUAAGGCAAAAUCUGGUCAUCAGUAUCUUCUGACCUUAAUGUGUACAGCUACUCGUUUUCCCGAGGCUAUUCCGCUGCGCUCACUGAAAGCCAGCUUGAUAGUUAAAGAGGUCAUUAAGUUCCGUUCCACUUUUGGGUUACCGAGGACAGUUCAGACAGAUCAAGGUACUAACUUUACCUCUAAACUUUUUGUACAGGUUAUGAAAGAGUUAGGAGUUGGUCAUCAAAAAUCCAGUGCAUAUCACCCUGAAUCUCAAGGAGCCUUGGAACGUUUCCAUCAAACCCUGAAGUCGAUGCUUAGAACGUACUGUGUGAGUACGGGCAAAGACUGGGUGGAAGGUUUGCCUUUCCUACUUUUUGCUAUAAGAGAAACUGUACAGGAGUCUUUAGGAUUUAGUCCGGCCGAACUAGUAUUUGGUCAUACGGUUCGUGGCCCCCUUACACUUCUUUAUGAACACUUGAUGUCUACUACCCCUGCUGCUACCAAUGAUUUGAUAAGAAAAGCUCUAAACGCUGUUUCGAAGUAG